CCGUGUCUGCCGGCGGAACGCUGCUGCUGCUGCCGGAGAGACCCCCGCAGGGGUGGGCAAAGGUCGAGUGGCGAGUGAGGCUGGACACAGGAUCCCAGAACCGGAUCCUGACCACUGAGAAGAAUAAAGCUGCCCAGUUCUCCAGGGGUCCUUUUUCUGGGAGAGCCAUUUUCCAGGAGGAAACCCUCUCCCUGAGGAUCAGCCGAGUGAGCCCAGCAGACAGUGGGGUCUAUAAGGCAGAGUUUGAGGAGACGUCGGGUGUUGUUACCGCCCCGUGCUUCCACGUGUCGGUGUGGGAGCCCGUCCGCCAGCCGCGCCUGGAGGCACGCAUCCUGCACCGGGAGCAGGGCUGGUGCAACCUCUCGCUGGUCUGCAUCGUGCCCUGUGCCGGCAACGUCUCCUACAGCUGGUCCUGCGGCGGGGGUCCCCUGGGAGCCCUGGAGCACCAGCCCCAGCUGCACCUGCAGGUCCAUGGGGACGCCGACCCCACCGUCUGCUGCUGCAACGUGAGCAACCCGGUGAGCUGGGGCACGGCCAGCGCCGACAUCACGGUAGCCUGCCGCGCUGUGGCCCCAGGGCUUUUCAGCGUCGUUCCAUGGUGGGCAGUGGCCGUGUCCCUGGGGCUGGCACUGGCCACCUGCGUAGCCUUCGUUGUCACUUGCUACUGGUGCAGGAAGCGAGGAAAGGAACCCCCGGGAGGACCCAUCGAGCAGACUCUGACCGUCUACGAGGAGGUGGGCAAAGCCCAAACCAGCCAAGACCCCAGUGGGACCGGUGAGGCCACCGUGGGAGGAAACACCAUCUACGCCGUCGUCUGCACCAAAACGCAGGGAGCCAGCCGCCCUCAGGAACCCGAAAGCUGCACCAUCUACUCCACGAUUCAGCCCGCCAGGAAGGUGAGUCAACCGGGCGCUGGGUUCACCACCCGGCGCGCGCGUUGCCUAACGGCGGGUUCUCGCUCUGCUCCGCAGUCCCCUUCCCUCAAGAGGAAAAGGCUGGACCCAGCUUUGGUUUCCACCGCCUAUGUAGAG